AUGAAACCCAAGUUUGCAUUAUUAGUGCCACUAAUUGUAUGCUUACUAUCGAUCGAUUCAAUCGAUGCCUUAAUCCGCAUAUCGUUGCAUAAAUUCAAGUCUAUUCGACAACAUCUGAAUGAAAACGGUAUCGAUAUUAAGGAUGUAUUGCCAGAGAGUGAUGAACACAGGAUUACAGGACAGGCCAUACCUGUGCGGCUCAGGAACUAUAUGAACGCCGAUUAUUAUGGUCUCAUAGGUCUGGGCACUCCUCCACAACCAUUUAGAAUCUUAUUUGACACGGGCAGCUCUGACCUAUGGGUGCCGUCACCAAAAUGUACGUCAUGUGCUUGUAUUGUGCACCGCAAAUAUUAUUCGUCAAAAUCAUCUACCUAUAUUAAAAAUGGUACAGCAUUUGCAAUCAAGUACGGUACGGGUUCUGCCAAAGGGUUUCUCAGCACCGAUACCCUAACCAUUGGCACCGGUAAAGUACAUAACCAGACAUUUGCCCAGAUUACAUCUGACCCUGGUCCAUCAGAUGUUUUGGGCGAUUAUGACGGCAUAAUGGGUAUGGCUUACCAAAAGCUGUCGGUCGACAACACAAUCACACCGUUUCAAAACAUGAUAGCACAGGGAGUGGUGUCGGCGCCGGUCUUCUCCUUCUACCUGAACCGAGACGUGAAGGGAAGGCCCGGCGGAGAGCUUAUACUCGGCGGCUCUGACCCUAAU